ACAGGUCGGCACUCUGAAGAAGGAACUGGUGGCGAUUACCGAUGAAUCCGCAGCAACCGUCAGGAAGCGGCGCCCAGUUCGCCGGGUACGCGCAAUUCUAUGCAUCUAGCACUCCUCCACGACCCCCUCCAUUCCGUCCACCGUUUACUCCACAGCAAAUGCAGCAGUUCUCCUAUCAGAAUCCGCAUCAAGCCUACCAGCAGUACGCGACUCCACAGCAACAGGUACCUGCGGGACCAUCGCACUUGACAGGUCCGCCCCGUCCGAUUCCCGCUGCGAAGACGAACGGUAGCCGAUGGGACCGUAUUCCACGAGCAGCAGCACCUUCGGAAGCUCCCAGUAGUAUAUCAGUAGCGUCUAGUAACCCUUCUCCCACCGCCAAAUGGCAAUGGAACACAGGAAAAGCCAUGCCGCGCCCACCACCUCGACCGCAACAUCAGGGUUCCAAGUUUGGUCCAUCCGUCACCAUCGCUAGCGCUCCUCCACGACCGUACGCGCCACAGGCGUUCCAGGACAAAGUAAGUACCUCGCCCGCCGCCGCAACUCCAGUCACAGCAAGCCAAUGGCCCACCUCGCUCAAGUCGUACGUUGAACGUGCAUUUGCCAAAUGCCGUAGUGAUGCCGACAAAGCUAUUGUCCAGUCCAUUCUUAAGGAGAAAAUCUCAAGUUCUAUGACUGCCAACAACCUGUGGACAAAGAAUUGGGAUGUGGAAAUCUUGCCGCUGCAGCACGGCGCCCACGUAGCGACCCCCUUCAGCCAGCCCCCUCCUGGUCCGAUGCCGCACCUCCGCCCGCCUCCGCCGCGACCCCCCAUGAUGGCCGCUCGGGGCCUGGUUCCACCCCCUCGGCCGCCCAUGAUGCGUCCGCCGCACACCACCAAACCCUCUCCCUUUUCCGAUAGCUUUAUCCCGUUAGACUACACGUCCAUGAAGAAGCAACAGUCGAAAGCCACCAAGCGCAAGCCCGACAUGGACGCAGAGUAUGGCCAGUCGGAGCAGAAGAAGCUGCAGCGGCAGCAACGGUUUCUCAAAGACAAUUUCCAUGCGAACGCAUUUCGAACGGCCGACGACGAGCCCGCGGGUCCCCUGCAAGUGCUGAACGACGAGGGCGAGCUCGAUUUGGACGCGAUGAUCAUUCGUGGCACGUGCGUCAAAGUCGAAAAGGACUACCUUCGAUUGACGUCGGCCCCACUUCCAUCGGCGGUGCGUCCGGAACCGAUAUUGAAGCAAGCACUGGACCUAGUACGACUCAAGUGGAAGCAAGGUACGUGUGAUUAUCUGUAUGUGGUAAGCCAAAUGAAGUCUAUUCGCCAAGACUGCACGGUACAACACAUUAAAAAUGAGUUUACGGUGCUCGUGUACGAAACCCAUGCGCGUAUCGCCCUCGAAGAAGGCGACAUGAACGAGUUCAACCAAUGCCAAACCCAACUGGCGCAGCUGUACGAGCACGGCGUCGACAGCCCCCACCGUCUAGAGUUUCUCGCGUAUCGCAUUUUGUAUUCUAUUUAUGUGUGCCUCCAAGCCAAAGCGGACAACGCCGGCAACGUCGGCAUGUACCGCGCGCUGUCACUGGUGCGGCCCGCCGACCGCCAGGAUGCGACCGUGCAGCACGCACUGGCAGUUCGGGAAGCUGUGUUUGCCAACAACUACCCGAGCUUCUUCAACCUGUACGACGCGCCGCCCAAGAUGACUGGGUACCUCAUGGACGCGUAUGCUAAUCACAUGCGGCUGCAAGCGCUGAAAAUCAUGUGCAAGGCGUACCAGCCAUCAGUCCCUGUGGCGUUUAUCAAAGCCCAGCUGCGACUCGAUGGCAAACCAGGCAAGGGGUUCCUCAACGAGUGCGGGAUCAAGCUCGUGGACAAAGGCGCGUCCAAAGCGGAUGCUGCGAUGGAUUGCAAGGCGUCGGAGAUUGUCAGUGUGCUCAAGAGCAGCGCCAAGUCGCUCUUGUAGUCGCUUGUGCGUUGGGUUGGCUGGUAGAGGUAGAAGUGCGCCGGUCGAAGACUUGUCGGUAGUCGACGGCAGCAAUAGAUAACAGGUUUAUAUGUACCGAAUGUGUGGAUAUAUACUACAGGACCUC